CACAGGCUCCUCCCAGGGGCGGGUCUGUUACCCAGGAAGUGCUGGUUGCUAAGGGCGCGGGGGAGUGCUGAAGGUUCGGACCGGCGGAAGUGGUUGGAAAAAAGACUUCCGGUUAUCAGCUCUCCACUGUUUUGGCUAAACAUGUCUUCCGACUUCGAGGGUUACGAGCAGGAUUAUGCGGUGCUCACCGCCGAGAUUACCGGCAGGAUAGGGAAGGUUCCCAGGCUCAUGGGAGAUGAAAAGAAGCAAAUGAUAUUAAAUGUAGAGAAGCAGCUGGAGGAAGCCCGGGAACUGUUGGAGCAGAUGGACCUGGAGGUGCGGGAGAUCCCGGUGCAGAGUCGCGCCAUGUACAGUAACCGUAUGCGCAGCUACAAGCAGGAGAUGGGCAAACUGGACGCUGACUUUAAAAGGUCACGGAUCGCCUACAGUGACGAAGUGCGCAACGAGCUCCUGGGGGACGAGGGGAAUUCCUCCGAGAGCCAGAGGGCACAUCUGCUGGAUAACACGGAGAGGCUGGAAAGGUCAUCGCGGAGGCUGGAGGCCGGCUACCAAGUGGCGGUGGAGACCGAACAAAUUGGCCAGAACAUCCUGGAGAACCUGAAUCAGGACAGAGAGAAGAUCCAGAGGGCAAGAGAAAGGCUGAGGGAGACGGAUGCCAAUCUGGGGAAGAGUUCCCGGGUGCUGACAGGAAUGUUACGAAGGUAAGAGUAAGGAUCAUCCAGAACCGGGUGUUGGUGGUCGUCCUGGGAAUCUUCAUCGUCUUCACCAUUAUCCUGGCGAUAUAUUUCUCCAUUCGGGGACACUGAUGCGGCGCCCCCCGUUGGGCCCCCCGGCGUGCGUGCUGUGUAAUGAAGACGUAUUGGUGGCAUGUAUCAUCCAAUCACACGGACUGAGCCCCCAGCCGGCGGCAGAACCGCACUCGGACCCCCCGUCCUUCCUCUCCUGCGUUAUUUUAGGACUGAAUCGUAAUUAACGUGUGUCUCGUUAUUCUAAUUAAACUCAGUGUUUUUAGUGGGGGGAAAGUUUCACUGCCCCUUUUUAUAAGGUUAUGCCCCCCCCCAGUACCCACAAUGCCCUUCUAUGGAAACCAGCAUGGCUGCCCUGGAACAUCAGUGGACGACUGGACUGUAGUGACCCCGGUAGGUUCUGUCUGUGUGACUGCACCUUGUGGUUCUGAUCCGCGGCUUCACAUGAUAAAGGGGAGGUGUUUGGGGGAACAUUGGGGCUCUGUGGGGCAGAAUGUGACCCGGUAACAGACCCAAGUCCGACCCAUGUCCUGUUCUGCCAUCGGUGUUCCCCAGGUCCGACACUGCUGUACCGUAGAACCUAAUUUAUGUGCCCCCCCCCAUAUGGAAUGUGUCAUUGGAAUGGGCCGAUAAUCCACUGUUGGAUUGUGUUUCUGCUGAUUGACAGCUGUCACUUCCAUGGCAACCGGUUUGGAGUCGUCGCGUUUAGGGAUAAAACACUGGAUCCCGCGCUCGUUAUUGAUGUUAUGGGAAUAAAAACAUAUGUUUUGCCUGAAAA